ACCCCUCAUCCGCCGUUUCAACUGGCCGUGGUCAAGAGGGGAAAAGGAACAGGAGAAGGACCGAGAUCUCGCCCAAGUAGUGUCCUGGCUAGGUAUGGACUCUCCGCCUUGCCCACAGGACAUGAUGGGUAGCAGUCCUGAGUGUUUGCUUUCUGCUUGGCAUAGAUAAGACCAGGACAACUGCGUACCAUCCACAGAGUGACGGUCUGGUUGAAAGAUUCAACCAGACGCUUGAGCGUGGCCUGGCGCACUAUGUCUGCCAGAAUCAUCGAGAUUGGGACAUCAAGUUGCCAGCCUUCUUGAUGGGAUACCGCUCGACGCCGCAGACUAGUACCGGCUACAGUCCAAGCUAUCUGCUCUUUGGUCGGGAGCUAUGCCUACCUCAAGACUUGGCAUUUGGAUUACCGCCAGGAGCAGCAUCCGCAGUAGCGUCCCAGCCGGAAUUCGUGAGUGCUCUCCGCCGACGCUUGGAGGACGCUCAUGCGCAGGUUCGGGAGCACUUGGGCAACGUGCACCGCUAUCAAGCGCAUAUCCAUGAUCGCAACGCUAAGGCCGUGACGUUUGCAGCUGGUGACGCAGUGUGGCUUCUGGUGCCGGCCAUUCCGACGGGUACAACCGCCAAGUUUUCUAGACUGUGGCACGGACCGUACCUAGUCGAGGAGAAGCUCUCCGCCGUCACCUACCGCAUCAAGCUGUCUGAGCCCACGGCACGUCGGCUGAUAGUGCACGUCAACCGGCUGAAAGGUUGUCAUCAUCGACCGAGUCGGCUGCAGGAGGUCCACGAGCAAGAUGAGUCGGACCCACCGCAGCCCAUGGCAUCCACCCUGACUCCGUCCUACCAGCCUGAUGCCACUGAUGCCGCCGCCCGAGACGAGGAGGACACCGCUCGGGUAUUCGACAGUGCUCCGCCAGUUGGCGUGAUGGAAAGGCGAACCCCGCGUUCCCGCCAUCCACCUCAGCUGUUUGGGAGUCCCGUCUGGCACGAGUAAGGAUUUCAGUGGUAUUGACUGGAUUGGUUGUGGCCAAUAUUACAGCUAGUCUUUGAACAGUUUUUGAUCGGAACUCCAAUUUUGACCUGCACUCGUUUAGUUAAAUUGUUUGCCAUAAUCUUAGUCUAAUUUAUUACGUUACUUAUAACACGAGGACGUGUUCUUUUCCGUGUAAGUGGGGGGAUAUGUCGUAUCCAUACUAUUGACACGUGCCUUUUAGGCCUCUACGGGACAAGUAUGCCUUAUUUAGGUGUCUAAUUAUUUAUCUAUCUCCCGUAAACGGGUUCAUAAUCGUCUUUAUUUUAUAUCUUCACACAAGGCCUGGGGCCUUCCUUAUUUGGGUAUACGCUGUUAUUUCCCCACAUGGCUCCCGCUCCUUAUGCAACAGUUCGUACACAUAUUUACUACGGUUUGAUACGCUAUUGCAUGCGGGACCAGCAAUCUCGUGGCCAUGGACUUCCAUGGCCGCAACUAGAUACUAUUG